UGAGCUGUGCGGUUCUCAUCUAAGUAUUCCUAAGGAAAGCAAGGAAACCUAGGCCUGAGGUUCUGGGGUGAAGUGCUGGGGGGCGGAAGGGUUAGUUGUUCUCUCUCUUCAGUCUGGGGAGGGCUCAGAACUGGACAGGAGUCGAGACACCUGAGUUCAGUUCUAGCCUGCCCUGCCCCUUUCUCGGUGUUCAUUCACCCACGCCGGGGUGGAGGGAAAAGAAACAGGCCAUGGAAAGGAAUGACAUCAUUGACUUCAAGGCUUUGGAGAAAGAGCUACAGGCUGCACUCACUGCUGAUGAGAAAUACAAACGGGAGAAUGCUGCCAAGUUACGGGCCGUGGAACAGAGGGUGGCUUCCUAUGAGGAGUUCAGGGGGAUUGUCCUUGCAUCACAUCUGAAGCCACUGGAGCGGAAGGACAAGAUAGGAGGGAAGAGGACUGUGGCCUGGAACUGUCAUGCUACUCAGAGAGAGACCGAGUCUCAGGAUGAGGCCACUGAAAUCUCCCAGGAGAAAACACUUUUCCAGCCUGAGACCUCCGCAGAGUUCUACCGUGAUUGGCGGCGGCACUUGCAAAGCGGGCCAGAGCGCUAUGAGGCCCUGCUGCAGCUCGGAGGUCCAAAGCUGGGUCACCUCUUCCAGACGGACGUGGGGUUUGGACUUCUAGGGGAGCUGCUGGUGGCACUGGCUGAUCAGGUGAGGCCAGCCGACCGGUUGGUGGUGCUAGGGAUCCUGCACAGCCUGGCCGGCACUGGGCGCUUCGCCCUGAACCUGAGCCUGCUGAGCCCCGCGGAGAGAGAGAGCUGCAGAGGCCUGUUUCAGAAGCUGCAGGCUCCCGGGCCCAAAAAGGAGGGGCUCAGCCAGAAGGAGCGGGGUCUGGAGGAGCAGCCUGGUGAGCUCCAGGAGGAGGAAAGGCUCCUGCAGGAGCUGCUAGCGCUGUACCAGGUGGCUUGACAGGACCAGUUACCUGCAGAGGCCCCCAGUGACUUGCUUGCUGCCCUGGGGGCUGUGCAGGACUGUAAUGAGUGCCCACCCCUAAUUCCCUUCUCAACUUGGAAUUUACAGAGGAUAUGCAGGAAUCGAAUCUUCCCCACUUCUCCAGCCACCGUGGUGGCUCAGUAUUCUGAUCUAUGUAGAGCAGCACAAUGGUCAAGGGCCCAAGAACUUGAAAGAGGUUCGUUUCCCACCCUUAGAGUCUGCCAAGCCUCUAGCCUGCAGCCCUGAGAGAUGAGUGUGUGCUCAACCAAAUGCUGGCUAUACCAGUUAAAUCCUCUACUUAAAAAGAAAAGGAAAGAAAAUCAUCAAUAUUCCUUGGUAAACAAAUACUGAUCUCCAUAGCUCUUAACAAGAACAUCCCAAAUCAAUAAAUGGACGUUUAAUCAGCAAAUAAUCAAAUGCUACCUCUUCGAGGUCCAGUAUUUUCCUCGGGGGCUGAAUUCCUGUGUAGGUUGGGCCUGGGAAAGCCCCAAGCCAUCAGCCUGGGUCAGGCCAGCCUCCCAGGCUUCAGAUGGCCAGACCUGCAGGCGGGUGAGUCUUCUUCAACUCCUGAAUUACCCAAAGGGAAGACCAUUCCACCAAGCAGGCAGGCAGGGCCUAAAGCAGGAAGGCAAGAGAUUUGCCUGUUCUAGCACCUGUGCCCUUGCUCUUCAUUCCGGUUUCCCCACCCAUUCUUGGGUGAGUGCCAGUGUUCUAGAAAGGGGAGAGAGGGCCAGGUUCUAGAAUGGUCUUUCCCUCAAGAUCGCAUCUAGAACACGAGAAGGGCAUCUUGUACAUCAGCUGGGAAUAAACUUGCCUUGCCUUUGGCCGCUUCCCCGGUA